AUGCAGGAACAGGGUCCAGAUUUUAGAUCUCGUAUGUCAGCUUUCGUUAUCGCCGAAGCCUUGCUGAAACUCUACCAGAAGAAGAAGCUGUUCCCCUCCGGCAUGGAGUCCUCCAACCCUUUGGCCCAGAAAUGGGCGAUCAAGGAUCUCUCAGAUGGUGGAGAGUCCCAGGAAUCCUCGUCGUCCUCGGGUGCCUUGGAGGACCUCAUGAAGCUGACCCAGCAGAAGCCGGUUGAGGCCGAAACCAAGGUUUCGCAGGAUCGUUUGAAGUUCAUGAAGGAGAAGAAGGCCGAGGGUUACAGUAUGGAAAAAAUCAAUCGUGCUUGGAUCAAGAAGCUGAGGGAUGAGGAGGAUAAUGAAGCAGUUCAGGAUGAGCCGUUCUACCCUUCCUCCCAGUACAAGCCGAAGAAGAAGAAGGGCUCGAAGAAGGACUCGAAGACCCCCGAGAAGAAGAAGCCCGAAGAGAAAAAAAAGAAGACCAGCAAAGCAAAGCCACCGGUUGAAUCGUCCACGUAUCAACCUGGAACCUUUAAAGAUGCUCGCAAUGCUUUUAUGCAGAAGAAGAGGGCCAAAGGUUUCACGCACCUCGAGGCCUGUAAGGCAUGGAUGCUGUCCAAUCGUCGAGCUAACAUGCUCUCGGACCUCCCGGAGAACGAUGAAGGACUGCAUUCGUGGGGCACUAGAUCUGUUCAGAUUUCGAGCGGUUUUGCAGAGGACAUCGGAGCACUGCAGGAAGGUACUUGGAUCGACCCGAGCUGGUUUGGUGGACCUUCGACAGCGAUCCUGCCACCGCGGCCCCCGCCAGUGCCGGUGGUCGACUUGGCAUCGAUCCCGAAACCUCCGCCGGUGGCAGCUACAGCAGCUGCCGUGGAGCCCAUGGGCCUCGAUCACCUCGAGUACGCUGAGACGGCAGUUUCAGCAGAUGAGGCAGCAGAUCGAGAAGGAGGAGCAGGCUGUGCAGGCCGAGGGAUCGAGGCGAUCACGAUCGAGAUCGGGGCGAUCGAGAUCGAGGCGAUCGAGAUCGGGGCGAUCGAGAUCGAGGCGAUCGAGAUCAAGACGAUCGAGAUCAAGGCGAUCGAGAUCGAGGCGAUCGAGAUCAAGGCGAUCGAGAUCGAGGCGGCGAUCGAGAUCGAGGCGGCGAUCGAGAUCAAGGCGGCGAUCGAGAUCGAGGCGAUCCCGGAGGCGAUCGAGAUCGAGGCGAUCCCGGAGGCGAUCGAGAUCGAGGAGGAGGAGGAGGGUACGUAUCAGAGCCGUGUACACUAUUGCAAGUUAAUUGAAAAAGAUUGGUCGAUGCGAGCUGGUCGUGGUGAGGAUCUCAGCGAAGGUGAUAUCAUCAUGUGCAAGCUGAUCAAUUGGUGGUGCAGGGGCCUGACCCUAGAUAGCGAUGCCGAGGCUAAGUUUUGCCUCGAGCCGCCAAAGAAGGAGCCGAAGCUGUGGAAAGGUGCUUCGAAGCUGACACCUCCUAGGAGGGUCCGAGAAAAGUCAACCCCGGCGGGGGGCUCGGGGAUCAAGCGAUCUGCUGUAGAUCGUGACGGUGCAUGGGUAUAUGAAGGGCAUGCUCAUGAGAAUCAAAAGAAGAAGAACAAGAAGCAAAAGCAACCCAAGGAGGAGGAGAAAGAGGAGGAGCAUGAUGCAGUGCCAGCAACAAGCAACAAAAAGUCCAAGAAGGCAAAGAAGGAGAAAGCAAAGGAAAAUAAGGCUGCAAAGGUUUCCAUUGAUCAAAUGGACACCCAGGAGUGGGAUGCCGAGGAUACGGGGCCAUGGGCACAGGAGCUCGAAUGGGAUGAUGAGGUGCAGGCCGAAUGGGAGGCAUGGCGAGAGGAAUGCAGGCUCAUCAAGAUCAGUCAGCAGGAGGAAGACGAAGGCGACGUCGAUGGAGAGGCUUGGGAUCCGGAGGACUUCAUUCCUGAGAGCGACUGGUAUCACAUGGUGGUACCUUCAAGUAAGUUGCCACUGUGGGGAGGGUUGAGAAGUGAUUAUGAGUCUUCGCACUCGUCUGAUCAGCUCGAGGAGGUGCCGGAGAAAGUCGCCAAAGAUCCCGUACCGUCAACCGCGAAGGAGGUGCCGGAGAAAGUCGCCGAAGAUCCCGUACCGUCAACCGCGAUGGUCCUGCAUGAAAAGAAGGAUGAGAAGAUCACUUCGGCCACGCACCGCUCAAGCUGGAACAAGCUAUCGCAGCUUGCGGAGAGCGGCGAGUUCCCAUGCCUGGCUUCGGCCUGGUCUACUGCCGAUAGAAAGAAAAAGAACGAGCUACUUCGGAAGUAUGUGCUCUCCAAAGACCCCAAUCAGGUCGAAAGCGAGCUGCAAGUCACGAGUACCCAAGGCACUGGUAGCAGAAAGGUCAGGGUGUGCUUGACCCUCCGCCAGAUGAGAAAGAAGCCGUACUUCUUCCCCAAGGAGAAGUGUGAGUGGAUCGCACAGAACAGAAAAGGCAUCGAGGACGAAGACUUUCCAGGUGGUCCACUAAAGUAUUGGGUCAAUGUCAUGAUGGAAGCCGAAGACUACAAGAAGAACCAGUCCGAAGUCCGAUCCCGCUCCAAUAUGGACAUUCAGGAGGCGAUGCAGGUCCACCUCGCGAACAAGCCUGCUUUCGGCAAGAAGUCUGAUCGCACAGAGACGGUCGAUGAUGACGCUGACAGCGACGAAGAGCAGAAGCCCGAUGCUUUCGAGAAAGCCACAGCAGACAUGCGGUCCGCAUUCCAGAAACCUCUUCGAGAUGAUGAGCUUUUCGCAAAAGCCAAAAAGGCGAAGAUGGCGAUCCCCUGCUUGGCUCAGUAUGUCGUCACGCCUGUGCAUGUGCAUGCUGGGCAGAUCGAGUACCAGUCCUGGCCAUAUAUAAGUCCGAUAGAGUGGUUGGAAAAGUUGAUGAUGGACCAUCGAGAUGCCUUAGUACCAAGCCCCAGUGAGAUAAAGGAUUUCUGGAAAACGUGGCUCAAAGACCACCCCCUCGACGAAUUCCACGACGACAGCUGGCCGCUGGAGAGAAUCAUACCGCUACAAUUGUGGGGGGAUGAGGGUACCCUGAGGUCUAACUCUUGGCUCCUGGUGACUUUGCAAUCAGCCCUUGGCCCUCCUGAUGUGCGAAGUCUGUCACAGGCGAGCAGGUACCCUCUUUUCUCUUUCCCCGUGGAAGGUUAUGUGAAAGAUCCCGACACCAAUGUCAACAUGUCGCUGGACAUGUUGUUGGAAAAAAUUUCCUCGGACUUCAACAAGCUGCUUAGCGAGGGCUUCACAACGAAGCAUGGACAUUUUUUUGCCAGGCUAGUAACGCUGAAGGGCGACUGGAAAUGGCUAGUGCAGGCACUGAACCUGGUUAGAUCGCCGAGCUCCGACAUGAUAUGCCCAUUUUGUCAUGCCGGGAAAACGCACAUGCUCUUCACGAAUGUCCGAGAGGAUGCCCCGUGGGCAAACACACUUUUCUCUUCUGCACCUUGGCAGGUGUUCCCUAGUAUAAUGCGGAUCAAGUAUUUUCGCCUGGAGAUGGUUGUCUUCGACCUGAUGCACGUUUGGCAUUUGGGGUGUGGCAGAGAUAUCGCCGGCACGUGCAUUAAGGAGCUCACGAAAGCCAAAAUUUUUGUUGGUAGCAAGAUCGGUGAGAGGCUCCAAUCGGCAUAUCAAUCCUUGAGAUCCUGGGCUCGAGAACACAACAAAACAUUGGCCAUCAAAAGGUUUACGAAGGAGAAUGUGCAUUGGUACAGCGAUGCCUGCCCCGGAAUCCACUGCAAAGCUUCGGACACAGCUGUCAUCACGGCAUGGUUGGCAUGGCUUUUCCAGAACUUGAAUCAUGACUUGGUGUGGCCACUACCUGAAUUGCGAGAGAUUGUGCAACAUGCCGAGACCUGUAUAGGUACCAUGGUGCGAGCGGGUAGGUAUUUCACCCACAACGAGUGGGUCGACGUCGUAUCCUCGGGUCACUUGUUGGUUAAGCAGUGGUUUCGCUUGGCCAAGCAGGGUGUGGACAGGUCGCUUGUCUUUUUAGCAAAGGUAAGGCCGAAGGGGCAUGCCUUGCAACACAUGAUCCAGUUUCUUGAGCUGUCGGAGUCUCGCGAGAACCCGGCCUUUUACAGCUGCUGGAUGGACGAGGACUACGUGAAGAAGUUCCUGCGAGUCCAAAGAGUCUUGCACUACGGGACGAAGUGA